AAUAUUAUCCGCCCAUGCCAUUCUUGCCCAUUGCCCCACUCCCCGAGUUCUCCCGGCGGCCGGCGGCGGCGCCUCCUUCAAAUGUCUAAGGCCAUUUAGGCAGAUUCCUCAACCUCCAAAACUAAAUCGCCAUCUUUUUUGUUGCUGUGGGAACUUUUGUAAGCUCCAGCUGGUGACAGUUCAGGCUUGACCUAGUAAAUUUACUUGCAGAAGUUUCAUUUUCCGGUGGCUUCUCUCCUUAUUCCAUCACCGGAGAAUUGAGAUCUAAAUCAGCACGAAGCAGUAUUGUAGGAGCACAGAAGUAGAAAUCUAGUGACUUCCUCCAGCUCAACAUGCCGAAAGAUAGAAUGGUGAACUCUUCGUCCUUCAACGGGGCAAGGGCAUCUCCUUAUGGUUGCAGCUCAAAGACUACUGAGCUACCACCAGUAGAGAGUGAAAGAGAAUGGGAAGAAGCUAGGUGCGCUAUAUGUAUGGAGCAUCCACACAAUGCUGUCCUUCUACUUUGCUCAUCCGGGGAAAAGGGUUGCCUGCCUUAUAUGUGUGACACAAGUUACCGUCAUUCAAAUUGUCUUGAUCAAUUUUGUAAACUAUCAUCUGGAACACAAUCAGAAGUUCCACAAGAGCGAAGUACUGUAUCGGGGACGAUGCUCCACAGGGGAAAUCAGGUACAACCUUCAUCAAGAACAGCCUGGUUUGCUGGGGGGCAGCAACCAGAGCUUGUCUGCCCUCUUUGCCGGGGACAGAUUAAAGGAUGGAUUGUCGUAGAGGCAGCUCGUAAAUUCAUGAAUUCCAAACACAGGAGUUGUUCGUUGGAGACAUGCAAUUUUAAUGGCAAUUAUGGAGAACUAAGAAAGCAUGCCAGGCUUGAGCAUCCCUCAGACAGGCCAGCCGAGGCUGACCCUCAAAGACUGUCUGAUUGGAGAAGGUUGGAGAUUCAAAGAGACGCUGGGGAUACUCUCAGUGCAUAUCAGACACCAUUAGGUGAUCUCGUUCCUCCAGAUGAGUUCUUUGAGAUGCCUGCUGGUAUGUUUGACUUCCUUGAUGAUGUGUACUCUGAGCCUGAGGAUGGAUUUAGUCCAGACAUCAAUCUGUUGUUGGAUUUGGAAUUUGAGUUCUCCUUUCUGAAUGACCUCCCAUAUGUGACUUGGUCAUAUGAAGAGAUGAUGAUGCUGUUGGACUGAGUGCUAGUUGAUCACAACUAGUGCUAGAUCCGAAAGCAGGUGAGCUAGUAGAUAAGCUCCAUCGGAUAAUCACGGGGAAAGACCAGGAACCUGGAGGAGACACAACAGGUCAUCAAGGUACAUGCCAAGAUCCUUCGGGCAUUAAACCAUUGAAUUAAUGCUUGGUUCCUUUCAGGUUGAAGUUCUUUAGUUUUCAGGUAUCUUGUCAUCACUGAAUGGAGGAAUUUUAUGUCAGAAUUCCUGUUAUUUGUACUCUCAAAUGAACCAUCGCCGUUGUCGUUCUUUUCCGUUCCUACUUUGAUACUUUAAGAACAAGUGUUUCCCCCCUCAUGAAAUUAUAGUUCCUUGUUUACUAUCUCUGAACAUAUGAAACAUAAAAGCUUGUUAAGAUCAUAAGGGAAUUUUUUUAAAGGAUGUUAAGCUUAA